AUGGAACCCACAGCGGGUGACUUACAGCUUGUGCCUGGGGCAGCAAAGGAAGUCCCAGCGCCCGACGCCACGUGCUGCCGUGUGGCCCUCUCCGCUGUGGUGGCUACCAGCAUUGUCAUGGUCACCCUGGGAGUUCUCAUGGCCUUCCUCUCUACACAGGGUGUCGACGUGGAGCACACGGCUGCGCUGCAAGGGGUCCAUUAUGCCUGCAGCUUGCAGCAAGAGACCUCAGAAUACUACCGCACGCUGACGCCCACUCUGGAAAGGCUUCUACACUUCUUGCUGCAAGCCCUGCAGUCACUGAGCUUGGGCCUGGAGAAGGAGCUGUUGCAGCAGGGACUCAGAGCAAGGCUGCAGGGGCAUGGUAUCCCCCUGGCUGCCCAUGGCACCAUUGUGUCCGCUGAGCUCACGGGCAAUCAGAAAGGGCCACUGACAGAAAGAGACUUAAAAUCAGGUUACUGUCCAGGGAACACCUUUUCCUGCCAGAACAGCCAGUGUGUGACCAAAGUGAACCCGGAGUGUGAUGACCGAGUGGAUUGCUCCGAUGGAUCUGAUGAGGCCCACUGUGACUGCGGUCUACAGCCUGGCUGGAAGACGGCUGGCCGGAUCGUGGGCGGCAUGGAAGCGUCCCCUGGGGAGUUCCCGUGGCAAGUCAGCCUUCGAGAAAACAACGAACACUUCUGUGGGGCUGCCAUCGUCAGGGCCCGGUGGCUGGUGUCUGCAGCCCACUGCUUCAACGAGUUCCAAGAUCCGAGAGAGUGGGUGGCCUACGCGGGCACGACGUACCUUAGCGGGGCCGAGGCCAGCACGGUGCGGGCGCGCGUCGCCCGCAUCCUCCCGCACCCGCUGUACAACCCAGACACGGCCGACUUCGACGUGGCGGUGCUGCAGCUGGACAGCCCCCUGCCCUUCGGCAGGCACGUCCAGCCUGUGUGCCUCCCUGCAGCCACGCACGUCUUCCCGCCCCGGAGGAAGUGCCUGAUCUCCGGCUGGGGCUACCUCAGGGAGGACUUCCUGGUGAAGCCAGAGACGCUGCAGAAAGCCACCGUGGAGCUGCUGGAACAGGGCCUAUGUGCCAGUCUGUACGGCCACUCACUCACCGACAGGAUGGUGUGUGCCGGCUACCUAGAUGGGAAGGUGGACUCCUGCCAGGGUGACUCAGGAGGUCCCCUGGUCUGUGAGGAGCCCUCCGGCAGGUUCUUCCUAGCCGGCAUCGUGAGCUGGGGGAUUGGCUGUGCGGAAGCCCGGCGUCCCGGGGUCUAUGCCCGCGUGACCAGGCUGCGGGACUGGAUCCUGGAGGCCAUCACCAUGGUGAGCAAGCCUCUGGCCCCCACCGUGGCUCCUGCCUCCGCCAGCCACAGCACUGCCUGGCCCGCCAGUCCCGAGAGCCCGGUGGUCCACACCCCCGCCAGACCCACACGGGGCCCCAGCACGGCACCUCCUGACUCAGUGACAGCCUCUAAGCCACAAGCGUGUGGGGCCAGGCCCGCCAUGGAGAAGCCCACGCGGAUCGUGGGUGGUCUGGGAGCCGCCUCUGGGGAGGUGCCCUGGCAGGUCAGCCUGAAGGAAGGUUCCCGGCACUUCUGCGGCGCGACCCUGGUGGGUGACCGCUGGCUGCUGUCGGCUGCCCACUGCUUCAACCACACGAAGGUGGAGCUGGUGCGGGCCCACCUGGGCACCGCGUCCCUCACGGGCGUUGGCGGAAACCCAGUGAAGAUGGGGCUCAAGAGGCUGGUGCUGCACCCCCAGUACAACCCCGGCAUCCUGGACUUUGACGUGGCUGUCCUGGAGCUGGCCAGGCCCCUGGGUUUCAACACGUUCAUCCAGCCCGUGUGCCUGCCCCUGGCCAUCCAGAAGUUCCCUGUGGGCCGCAAGUGCAUGAUAUCUGGAUGGGGUAACACGCAGGAGGGCAACGCCACCAAGCCCGACAUUCUACAGAGAGCGUCUGUGGGCAUCAUAGACCAGAAGGCCUGCAACGCCCUCUACAACUUCUCCCUCACGGACCGGAUGCUGUGCGCCGGCUUCCUGGAGGGCAAGGUCGACUCCUGCCAGGGCGACUCUGGGGGACCCCUGGCCUGCGAGGAGGCCCCCGGCGUGUUUUACCUGGCGGGGAUCGUGAGCUGGGGGGUCGGCUGUGCUCAGGCCGGGAGGCCUGGCGUGUACACUCGCAUCACCAGGCUGAAGGGCUGGAUCCUGGACACCAUGUCCUUGGGCCCCCUGCCCAGCCCUCCCCUGCCCACCACGAGGCCCCCGCCCGCCACCAGGCCUCCCUCCAGGACGGCGGCUGGCCCCACGGUCCCGGGGGUCCUGGCCAGCAGAGCCACCCUCCCGGCCACCCACGGGGCGACCAGCCAACCUGCCGGCACCGUGAGCACCGCUGCGGGGGGACAGACACCACUUCCAAGCACCCCUGGCACCACCUCGGGCUUCCAGCCACCAGACUGCGGCCUGGCACCGGUGGCAGCGAUGACCAGGAUCGUGGGCGGCAGCGCCGCGGGCCGCGGGGAAUGGCCGUGGCAGGUGAGCCUGUGGCUGCGGCGCCGGGAGCACCGCUGCGGGGCCGUCCUGGUGGCCGAGAGGUGGCUGCUGUCGGCGGCGCACUGCUUCGAUGUCUACGGGGACCCCAAGCAGUGGGCGGCCCUCCUGGGCACGCCGUUCCUGAGCGGCGCCGAGGGGCAGCUGGAGCGCGUGGCGCGCAUCUACAAGCACCCCUUCUACAACCUCUACACGCUCGACUACGACGUGGCGCUGCUCGAGCUGGCGGGCUCCGUGCGCCGCAGCCGCCUGGUGCGGCCCAUCUGCCUGCCCGAGCCCACGCCACGGCCCCCCGACGGCGCGCGCUGCGUCAUCACCGGCUGGGGCUCGGUGCGCGAAGGAGGCUCGAUGGCGCGGCAGCUGCAGAAGGCGGCCGUGCGCCUCCUCAGCGAGCAGACGUGCCGCCGCUUCUACCCAGUACAGAUCAGCAGCCGCAUGCUGUGCGCCGGCUUCCCGCAGGGCGGCGUGGACAGCUGCUCGGGUGACGCUGGGGGACCCCUAGCCUGCAGGGAGCCCUCUGGCCGGUGGGUGCUAACUGGGGUCACCAGCUGGGGUUACGGCUGCGGACGGCCCCACUUCCCGGGUGUCUAUACUCGCGUGGCUGCCGUGAGAGGCUGGAUCGGGCAGAACAUCCAGGAGUGA